AUGGACGCGCUCCGCUCGACAAUACAGCCCAUUACGCACAACCUACCGGGUCCCAUUCGCGACCUCGGCGUGUCCAUCAUCGGUGACACGUGCUACAAGACGCUCCUGCUCGACGUCGAUCUCGAAAACACGGACUGCCUCAAGCUGGCCAUCAGCAAGGCGCUCGGCAUUGGCAUCGUGGGCGCGUCGUCGGUCGUGAAGGUGCCCCAGAUUAUCAAGCUCGUGCGAUCGCAAUCGGCGAGCGGCGUGUCGUUCCUCUCGUACCUACUCGAGACCAGCAGCUACCUCAUCUCGCUCGCCUACAACGUCCGCAACGCGUUCCCCUUCAGCACCUACGGCGAGACGGCGCUUGUGUUGGGGCAGAAUGUGAUCAUCACGGUUCUCGUCCUGAACUACAGCGGCAGGGCCAGCAUGGCCGCGCUGUUUGUUGCCGUGCUCGCGGCCAGCGUGGCUACGCUCUUCAGUCAGGGCGUGCUGGACAUGCAGCAGCUGAGGUACCUCCAAGCUGGAGCCGGCGCCCUCAGCGUGGCGAGCAAGAUCCCCCAAAUUCUGGCGAUUUGGCAGGAGGGAGGCACCGGCCAGCUGAGCGCGUACACGGUCUUCAACUACCUCCUCGGCUCCCUCACGCGCAUCUUCACGACCUUACAAGAGGUGGACGACAAGCUCAUCUUGUACGGAUUCGUCGCUGGGUUCGCAUUGAACCUGGUCCUGGCGCUGCAAAUGCUCUACUACUGGAACACGCCGUCGGCCAAAGUAAAGGGCAAGCAAAAGGAGGUCCCCGUUCAAGCGCCCUCAUCGGCCACGACAACCUCGAUACCGAAGAGCAAGGGGCCGACAACUCGUCGCCGUGGGUAA